GGAUCCCCGCACACAGCUCUGUCUAGCUCAGUGCACCCUGACACUGGCCUCGCUCGGUGCCUGGGGUUUCUCUCUCAGGAGCUAAGAGAAAGGAGCAGAGGCCAGGACCCACCGAGCCAGAGCUACAGGCUGGGCAUUCCCAGGAGAGAGGCUGGUGUGGCCUGGAUGAGGCGCCGAGAUGGGGAAAAGGUUGGACCUUUCCACGCUCACAGACGAGGAGGCUGAGCACGUGUGGGCAGUGGUUCAGCGGGACUUUGACCUCAGGAGGCGAGAGGAAGAAAGACUCCAGGGGCUGAAGGGCAAAAUACAAAAGGAGAGCUCCAAGAGGGAGCUGCUGUCGGACACAGCCCAUCUGAAUGAGACUCACUGUGCCCGCUGCCUGCAGCCCUACCGGCUGCUCCUGAACAGCAGACGACAGUGCCUAGAGUGCAGCCUCUUCGUCUGCAAAAGCUGCAGCCACGCCCACCCAGAAGAGCAGGGCUGGCUCUGCGACCCCUGCCACCUGGCCAGGGUCGUGAAGAUCGGUUCUCUGGAGUGGUACUACCAGCACGUGAGGGCUCGCUUCAAGCGUUUCGGGAGUGCCAAAGUGAUCCGGUCUCUCUGUGGGCGGCUGCAGGGUGGAGGUGGAUCUGAGCCAAGCUUGGAAGAAGGAAAUGGAGACAGUGAGCAGACUGAUGAGGAUGGAGACCUGGACACAGAGGCCAGAGACCAGCCCCUCAACAGCAAAAAGAAAAAGCGCCUGCUCUCCUUCCGAGAUGUGGACUUUGAGGAAGACUCAGACCACUUGGUGCAGCCUUGCAGCCAAACCUUGGGCCUGUCCUCAGUCCCUGAGUCUGCACACAGCCUGCAGUCCCUCUCAGGUGAGCCCUACUCUGAGGACACCACCUCUCUGGAGCCCGAGGGCCUAGAGGAGACUGGUGCAAGGGCUUUGGGAUGUCAUCCCAGUCCUGAAGUGCAGCCAUGUAGCCCUUUACCCUCUGGGGAGGAUGCUCACGCUGAACUGGACUCGCCUGCAGCAUCCUGCAAGAGUGCCUUUGGGACCACAGCUAUGCCUGGAACAGACGAUGUCAGGGGCAAACAUCUGCCCUCACAGUACCUGGCUGAUGUAGACACCUCUGAUGAAGACAGUAUCCAGGGUCCCAGGGCAGCCUCCCAGCAUAGCAAGAGGAGGGCCCGGACUGUGCCUGAGACUCAGAUCUUGGAGUUGAACAAGCGAAUGUCAGCUGUGGAGCACCUGCUAGUCCACCUGGAGAAUACGGUUCUGCCACCCUCAGCCCAGGAACCAACUGUGGAGACACACCCCAGUGCUGACACAGAGGAGGAGACACUCAGGAGGAGGCUGGAGGAGCUGACCAGCAACAUCAGUGGUUCCAGCACCUCAUCAGAAGAUGAGACCAAGCCAGAUGGCACCUUCCUUGGAGGGUCCCCAAAGGUGUGCACAGACACAGGGCACAUGGAGACACAGGAAAGGAACCCUCGGAGCCCUGGGAACCCUGCUCGGCCUACAAAAAGCACAGAUGAGGAGCUCUCUGAGAUGGAGGAUAGAGUGGCCAUGACAGCCUCUGAAGUUCAGCAGGCUGAGAGUGAGAUCUCAGACAUCCAGUCCAGGAUCGCAGCUCUGAGAGCCGCAGGACUCACAGUGAAGCCCUCGGGAAAACCUCGGAGAAAGUCAGGCAUCCCGAUCUUUCUUCCCCGCGUUACUGAGAAACUUGACAGGAUCCCAAAGACUCCACCUGCAGACCCUGAUGACCAAGCCAAGAUGCCCAAGGCAACAACAGCUGUGCCCUCUCUCCUGAGGAGGAAGUAUUCUCCCAGCAGCCAAGGCGUAGACAGUGGUUCUUUUGAUCGGAAAUCAGUGUACCGUGGCUCGCUGACACAAAGGAACCCUAACGGGAGGAGAGGGACAGCCAGACACAUCUUCGCGAAACCCGUGAUGGCCCAGCAGCCCUAAAGGGAGGCUCAUGGCACAGGACAGUACCACAAAGCACCCCACAGUUUCCUCCACAUGACCGUCGCCUCCCCAUGGGCUCUGUUCUUUGUGAUGCUCACAGCUGCUUGUAGUCAUCAUUCCAGUGAGGAGUAAGAAGAAUUUUAUGUGUGUCUCUACCUGUGAGACUGCAGAAUCUCAAUCCUCCAGCUGUCACCAGGUCACCAACCAGGCACCUGCCAGCCUCUGACCUGGGAAAUACAAACUCUGUGACUUCUCCUCAACUGAUGUUCUCUGCCUACUGAAGGUCACUCAGAAGCCAUCUCGCUGUGAUUCUUUAACCCGAUCCUCGACUUUGCUGGGCCACCCUCACAGCUGGGAUGAAAAGAGCUGGUUCAGAGGAAGCCCUGAACAUGUACACAUCCAUGACUAUGCACGAGCAUGAGAGAGAGAGAGAGAGAGAGAGAGAGAGAGAGAGAGAGAGAGAGAGGAAGAGAGAGAGAGAGAGAAUGAAUCUGUGGGCAUGAUGAGAGAGCAUACAAUUGCAGGUGGUGAAUGGGGGAGGGGUGGAUUCCUCCCCUACCUGACAGAUUUUGUUCUUCAAACUUCCUUGUGUGUUCUAGAUGAGGGCAGAUAACACUGACCACCCCCACCCCAGCAUUCCCACCACAAUAACCACUAUCCACAAUGCCACACUAAGACCAAGCCUCCAACACAGGCUUUUGGGGUACACUACAUGGGGACCUCGCUUUCUAGAUAGCUUGUCUUCAAAUGCAGGCUUCUAACACACAGAGAUGACUGGGAUUUAUCAAGAACUCAGAUCUUCCAGGUCAAGCCCGUCAGAGCCAGUUUUGCUGGUGUCUGCACGGUCUGCCCUUCACAGCCAUCCCACCACUACAGCGGGGCUGCUACCCACACCCAGCGCUGCCUCUUUCCUGUCGUCGGUUUGUAUCCUGUUCUGGGCUAGAGAACACACAGGCCAGAGCCACAAACAUCCCCGUGUCUUCUGAAAAUAAACUCCAGGAGGAAGCCUCUCACUCAUUCAGAGCUCCUCUCAGGAGCGCCAUAUUUGUUACAACCUGAUGCAGGAAAUGUGUCCUCCUGUGUCACCUGUGCCCUGAACUGCUUGCCACCUGACCCUACCUGCCCUUGGGGGUUGGAGGUGAGGUGGCGCAGAGUCAACAACACAGACUCCGGGAGGUGGUGGGAAACAGAAACGCUGCAGCAAGUUCAUCUGAACAAUGCUCUUUAAUACCCUCCACCCAAGCCCCAUUGGUCCCAGGAAAGCACCUCCUCCUCCUCCUCUUCUUCCUCCUCCUCCUCCUCCUCCUCCUCUUCCUCCUCCUCUUCCUCCUCCUCCUCCUCUUCCUCCUCCUCUUCCUCCUCCUCUUCCUCCUCCUCCUCUUCCUCCUCCUCCUCUUCCUCCUCCUCUUCCUCCUCCUCCUCCUCCUCCUCCUCCUCUUCCUCCUCCUCUUCCUCCUCCUCUUCCUCCUCCUCUUCCUCCUCCUCCUCCUCCUCCUCUUCCUCCUCCUCCUCCUCCUCCUCCUCCUCUUCCUCCUCCUCUUCCUCCUCCUCUUCCUCCUCCUCCUCCUCUUCCUCCUCCUCCUCCUCCUCCUCUUCCUCCUCCUCCUCCUCUUCCUCCUCCUCCUCCUCCUUCUCCUCCUCCUCCUCCUCCUCCUCCUCCUCCUCUUCCUCCUCCUCCACCUUGUUCUAGAGUUCCUUACCAUACCCACCUCCCAAGGAGCCCACUGGCCAGAGCCCUCUUCCAAGGAAGAGGCAGCCAUUCCUUGAGAACCCAGAUGCUACGCUGACCACGUGUCCAAAGGAUGACGGGGCAGCCUAAAGCUUUUCUACAAGUCUGGUGGUGGGCAGGAAAUGGUGAUCCUGGGGAGACACCUGCCUGGUCUCUUCUCGUGCACAGCUCCUUCAAGAAUGUUCUAUUGCACCUCAAUGAUAUUUCAUAUAACCUGUACCUAUUGUCGUGGUGAUGACGGGGUGAGUUAAAUGGCAGAACGUUGAACAGUCCUUUCACCAGCACAGACCUGCAGAUACUUCAACACUUCCAGAAUAUAUGCUGGUGAAAGAAUGAGGCUCAGCACCUCUAAGCGGGCUCAGGAGUCUUCCCAGAAGGCACACCCCGAAAGGCAAACACUGACCUUUCCAGGUGAUCUGAGCUCUUCUAUCUAUUUUUGUGUGCACUAAUUCUUUCUCAUUACAUGUAAAUUACCUUUCCAGCAUAAUAGACUUCCUUUUUUAAAAGAUUUUUUUGCCUGCGUGUAUGGGGUGAGGUGUGUACACAUCUAUGAGGGGACGCUGUGCACUUGUGCAUAGAGACCAGAGAUUAAUGUGGUGUCUUCCUCAGUCAUGUCUCCAUUUCCUGUUUUUGAGACACUGAUCUUGGAGGUUGUCAAUUUGGCUAAGCUGACUGGCCAGUGAGCAUCAGGGGUCUUCCACACCUCUGCUCUCUCUACCUUAGCACUGGGGUUAUAAACCGGCGCUGCCAUGUUCUGCCUUUAAACCUACCUUACAAUAAAAGUAACACUCUGUUUCGUUUUCA